AUGAUUAACACCAAAGACGAUAAACCCAUUAGUGAUGACAAUGAUGCUGCAUCACAAGAUCCAAAGAAUGUUGAACAAGAUGAGAGGAAGCCAAUGGGUAAGUCUGUUCCAGAAACCCAGGAUAAUGUUGCAGAUGAUUCAAACAAUAUUCAUACAAGUGAUGUUCAUUUACUCACAAACCAUCUCACUAGAGUCUCUGCCAAUGUGCUUAUUGGUCCAUCAAAGCGUUCAAACAGAAAGCAGUCACAUGUUACUUCAUACGAACAGAUAAAUGGGCACUUCAAGGAAAUGAUGGAAUUACGCAGUGUUCAAAAGGCAGAAGCAAAAGAGCGUAGAGAAAAGAAUGAAGCCCAACCAUACAAAGAGGCAUAUGGAAUCUUGCAAUCAGUUCAAGGUCUAACAAAAUGGACAGACUUUUGGUGGGAUUGUGUCAAAGUACUACUAAAAGAGGAUCCGUAUGCCCGAGAAAUGAUGGUCUACAAUGAAAGUGAUGAUCUGAUCACGUUUUUGGAGGGUUAUACUGGAUAUGAUCAUUACGGAAUCUACAUUGGAAAUCGUUUCAAGACUUUGCAAAGUUGCAAUGGUGAUUCUUCAAGUGUCAACCUAGAGCAAAACAUCAAAAACACAUAA